ACGCUGCCAACCCGGAAGGCCGCCAAUGAGGUCCACGAGUGCUCAAUUUGCCUCUGCCCGGCGGUCGAGGGCGAAGAGUUAACGACGAUGCCGUGCCAGCACGAGUUCCACACAACCUGUAUAAACGAAUGGCUGGUCCGUACGGCAGACGGCACCCCUGCCUCGUGUCCACUGUGCAAG